AUGGGGACAGAAUGGCUUGCAGGCCGAGUCACCGAGGUCUUGCCCCACGGACUUCGAGUGCGUUGUGAUGACGAGGAGGUAUUUCUCGCAUCCGCUCAUGAGUUGCACAGCGACGUCCAGCGAGCUGUGCAGCAAAUGCAGCCUUCCUUGCAGAAAGCUGAACCGGAUGCAGCGAUUCGCGUUCUUUUCCAGGUGGAAAGCAAGCCUGGCGUCCGCCAGGCCGAAGGUGCAGGAAGGGCAACGUCCGUACGCCUAGCAAGCGAGCGUCCAGGCUCGAAGACAGUAGCCCUUGAUUUCGAGGCUGCUCCUCUGAAAUCCGAGGAAAGUCGACAUAUGUCGGCUCCGGCCAGCACGGCGCACCCCGACGCCCACCUGAAACUUUGCCCCGUCAUGAUGGCGGCAGUGGCCGAGUGGCAGGCCCUCCGCCCUCCCUCUGACCAAGAUGGACGCCUUCCGAAAACUGGCGCGGAGAGCGAGGCUUGCUUUAGCAGCCGAGGAUGCCGAUGA